AUGGCUGAUUGUUCAGCUGAAUCGCAACAAGGAAUGAAUUCUGAGGACGAUUUGACUGAGUUUAUCGAGAGGGAUGGUGAACACUCCAUUGGUAUUGGGGAGAACUCCGACCUCUGGAAAGGAAAAUUGGAGGUUGAUGCUGUGCCUACCAUGGUUGCCAUAAAAGUCCUUCGCGGAGGCUCAAGUAGUAGGCCUGACUUUAGGGAACAAUUAAUCAAGGAUCUUCGUCGACAAGGACGUAUCUGGCUGAGGCUGUCUCAUCCUCAUGUGGCCAAAUUCUACGGAUUCGUCUAUAAUUUCGGCAUGCUCCCUGGUCUUGUACUCGAGCUUUAUGAAGAAAGAAAUGUCAUGGAGUACACGAAGCGUGAAAGUUCUGAUGAUACAAACUUACGACUAGUUGGCGAGAUUGCUUUAGGUUUGAAGUACUUGCAUCAACAACGGCCUCCCAUAAUUCAUGGCGACUUGCGAGGGGCAAAUGUACUCGUUGAUAGCAAAGGACACGCCGUUGUUGCUGACUACGGCCUAGCGUCAAUCAUGGAUUCGUCUGAGUUCACUUCCAUUAAAACCGCGGGAACUUGUCGAUGGACUGCCCCGGAAAUUAUGAAUCCGCCAAACAAUGGCGACACCCCGUUGCCUCAAUUUACCGUCAAAAGUGAUAUAUUUUCGUAUGCUAUGACUGUCUUUGAGGUAUUUGCUGGAGAGCAACCAUUUAACGAGAAGAAAAGCGACGGCAACGUCAUUUUUGCGAUCUUGAACGGGAGUCGCCCAGUGCUGCCGGAGGCUAUUGAAAGCAAGGCCGAUCUCGCAAACCUCGUCAGACAGAGCUGGAGUCAGAACGCCAAUCAAAGACCAAGCGCUCGUCAGAUCUGCCGCAGAUUGGGAUUGACGACGUGGUACGGUGAUUGGAUGGACACUCUCCGUGUAUAUCUGCCGCUGUAG